CUCUCUCAAUAUGGCAGAUGUCAGGCACAGUUAGAAAUCUGCCAUAAAUGGAAUGGGCUCGAGUCAAUGAAAUUGUAUUACUAUUUUUCUACAUAUUUCUGCGAUAUUACUGCCACGCUACACCGCAUCCUACUUGUUGUAGCUUGCUGGAUUAUCUCUAUUCAUCUACGAUCCUAGCUCUAUUGCAAGCGCUGCGUUUGAACGAACGCGCUAUUCUAAAACCAGUCCAACCCUUCGAACGUGGCACUAAAAGGUUUUCUGUACUAUCUCCGUUUCCUUCCCUUGUUUCCUUGGACUGAAGGUCGAGAUAUGUCUAAUUGCGAAUUUGCAGCCAACUUA